AAUUAGAGUAUCUGUAUAAUAUAAUAUACAAAUCGCUGCCUUUCUUAAGAUCCUGUGAUUAAUUCUAUGUAAUGAAAUAAUAAGAUAUAAGCAACCUUUAUAUUUUUCCCUUGGUCUGAUUGCUUAGGUCAAUCUUCGAGACGGCUGAACCAAUUUUACAGAAUUUACUUGUAAUAUGUUUUUGUGGGAGCACGUAAUAUGACUGGAGUUAAUAAAUAUCCAUUUCAAACAUAUCACGGCAAAAAAUGCUAAUAUUUAUGGAGCUCCUAAGUGAGUCAAUAGGUACUGCGGACUGUAAUACAUUCGAUUCAUAAAAUAUAUAUUAAAUAAUUUACGAGAUUGGCGUGUAUAUAUUAAAUAUGCAGAGAAAAAUAAGUAUUGUGCAAAAAAGCCUGUGCCAUACCAACUUGUCAUUGGUGUAAAUCAACCGAGUGUCACACUUCAGGCGUCCACCAAUCGAACACAACGCGCGUAGCGCUUAUGAAGUGGGAAUUUAAAUUUAGAAUUCGAUUUUUAAAAAAUAUUACUUCAGUGUGCGUGUGAAUUAGUGAUGUGAAUGUUAGGAUUAUAUUCGCUAAGCUCGAGCUGACAUGUCCGUGAGUGGUAUCCUGAAGAAGGCCAUGCCGGAGGAUGCUCAGGCGUCGUUGAAGAAGCGCCACUCCGUCAUAUCGGGCAGGAGUGACUUCUGGUCAUCGUCUGACGAGGAUGAGGGAGUCCAGCCGCACGAGAAGGCGAUCGCGGCGGGACAGCCCAACCCGCCAUACUGCGUGCGCAACAUCGAGCAGAACGCGUUCGGCCGCCGCGAGAUCGAGAUCGCCGAGCAGGAGAUGCCCGGCAUCAUGGCGCUGCGGGCGCGUGCUAAAGAUGACAAGCCGCUUAAAGACGCUAAGAUCGUGGGGUGCACGCACAUCAACGCGCAGACGGCGGUGCUGAUCGAGACGCUGGCGGCGCUGGGCGCGGCGGUGCGCUGGGCCGCCUGCAACAUCUACAGCACGCAGAACGAGGUCGCCGCCGCGCUCGCGCACGCAGGGUACGCGAUAUUCGCGUGGCGCGGCGAGAGCGAGGAGGCGUUCUGGUGGUGCAUCGACCAGUGCUGCUCGCCCUCCGCCUCCUGGCAGCCCAACAUGAUCCUCGACGACGGCGGCGACGCCACGCACCUCAUGCUCAAGAAACACGCCACAGCAUUCAAACAUAUUAAAGGCAUCGUGGAGGAGAGCGUGACGGGCGUGCACCGCCUGUACCAGCUCAGCAAGGCCGGCAAGCUGUGCGUGCCCGCCAUGAACGUCAACGACUCCGUCACCAAGACCAAGUUCGACAACCUCUAUUCCUGCAGGGAGAGCAUCAUCGACGCGCUGAAGCGCAGUACGGACUUGAUGUUCGGCGGCAAGCAGUCGGUGGUGUGCGGCUACGGGGAGGUCGGCAAGGGAUGCUGCCAGGCACUCAAGGCGCUCGGCUGCGUGGUGUACGUGACGGAGAUAGACCCCAUCUGCGCGCUGCAGGCCGCCAUGGACGGGUUCAGAGUCGUCAAAUUAAACGAGGUGAUAAGGCAAGUGGACAUUGUGAUAACAGCGACGGGUAACAAGGGGGUGGUGACGCGAGAACACAUGGAGCGGAUGAAGAACGGCUGCGUCGUAUGCAACAUGGGCCACAGCAACACCGAGGUGGACGUGCACGCGCUGCGCACACCCGACCUGCUGUGGGAGCGCGUGCGCAGCCAGGUGGACCACAUAAUCUGGCCGCACGGCAAGCGCAUCGUGUUGCUAGCGGAGGGACGCCUCGCCAACCUGUGCUGCUCCUCGCUGCCGUCCUUCGUGGUGUCGGUCACGGCCGCCACGCAGGCGCUCGCACUCAUCGAGCUCUACAACGCGCCGCACCAGAGGUACAAGGCGGACGUGUACCUGUUGCCGAAGAAAAUGGACGAAUACGUGGCGAGCCUGCACCUGCCCACGUUCGACGCACACCUCACGGAGCUCACCGACGAGCAGGCCAAGUACCUCGGCCUCAACAAGGUGGGCCCCUUCAAACCCAACUACUACAGGUACUAGCACCAGCCCCGGCGACACUCGCGCCGCUGACCUACGCGCCGCUAAUGAUCACCUGACACUUGACCACAAACGCGGAGCCGAGGGGGGGAGGGGGGAUGCACAGCUACGAGCAAUAAUAGUAAUAUAGUUCACUAAUCACGCAACGAUGUCGGAGCGUACAACACAAUUCGUGACCAUUCCCAAUUAAUUAAAAAAGUAUUAAUUGAUGAUGCUCGAGUGUCGUACUUAUGUUAUUUUAGCAACAGAACACCAUGUAUAUUGUUAUGCCUUUUUCCGAAAUGUGCCUAAUUAGCCUACAGCCGGGUCUCCUGCGACAAUACCUUGACUAAAUAUUUUUAUUAAAAAAGCUUAUCUAACAAUACAUUAGCCAAUUGUAGGCAGUUAUUAGGCCACGCUUGUCUUUGCAAAAAAAUAUAUAUUAGAGACUAAAAAAAAAUCAAAAAUAUUGUGGACGCAGGAAACCCAGCUUUGGACAUAAAUAAAAUCAUUUUGUAGUAAAACCACAGAUAACAAGAUUGUGAACAUUCCUCGCAACAUAGACAAUAAUAGGGGAGUACGCGCUCACCAUCCAUUUGUGUCCGUCAUGAUGUUGCAACUGCACAGCUUCGCACUGAUUGUUGUAUACCUUGUAUAUUAUAUAUGAAUAGUAGAUGGCACAAGUCAUGAGCGUAGAGGGACAGUGGUGGGAGUGAGCAGGCGUACAACUUAGGCGAAGGGUAUAAUAGCUGUGUGGCAACCAAUCGCACUGGACAUCGGCGCGUUGGACAUCAAACCGACCAAUCACGAGUGUGCUCACGACUCGUGCCUCUGUAACUAUUGUCGGUGCGGGGGAGGGCGCUCCGCCUGCCGUUACCAUAGUUGCAGGUCGACUAAAAAUGAUCAUUUUUAUAAAUCUUAUUUUCAUCCUUGAAAAGAAAUUAAUAAUUCAAUUAUUGCCUAAAGGAAUGCUAAAUAAUAGGAAUGAAAUUUUAAUCAACUUUUAUGACAGAUGUUGCUAGCGUUGCGCAAGAUGUAUAUGUGAUACUAUAUUCGCCUGCUCACGCUUCCCCUCGUAAAAAAACCUGUGAAAAUGACAUCGAAUUCAACAAUAAUUUUACAACCUGACCCUAAUUGGAAUUAAUGGUCGAAAUUGGUAGUUUUUACCCGAUUUUUGUAGUUCCUUACACAGUGUUGCUUCAAACUCUCUAAGGGUUGCUCUCCAAUUUGUCAUGCUGAUAUUAUUUAUAAUAAUUUUGGGUGGCGGAGUGAUCCAUAGAUUGUGAUAUAAUAUGAAGUCACAGAAAAUGCAUUAUAGGCGCUGUUUAGUGAACAUGAUACGUUAUACAAUAUAUUAUGCCAAUGUUUACUACUAGUGCCGUAUAUUAUUUGAAGUAUUAUAACAGUAGUAGAGCUAUAAAUUGAUUCAUAUUAUUUGCUCGAAUAUUAGCAAGUUUAAGUAAUGUAAAAAUAUUUUAUGACACCAGUCAAUCCACAAAAAUAAAGGCAUGUACAAAACGUGACAUCUACCAGUGUUAUUUUGGAAUGUGAGAAAUUUGAGUAAACACAUCAACAAUAGCUGUCAUUUGAUUAAUACAUCUCAUAUUAUAAAAUGGCACUUAAUGGCGUCAUACUUAAGUUUGUAUUUGUGUCAAGUGUCAGGGCAGGUUGUCAAUAAGUACAAUAUAAGUGUCACAGGUGUUGCUUAAUUAUAUCGCGUACCAAGUGUCAAAUUUGUGAUGUAUGUUGAAACGGCGGCGGAUCGUUAGCGCGACGCGCAUCUAGAGUAUUUAAUACUAGCAUUAUUCACUUCAAGAAACAACCUGCGGCAUUCCUGAUAGAUUUAGAGCGGAGAAUCUAGACUAGUCGAUGCACAGUCAAUUUUAUAUUUGUAGGACCUGGGCGCGUAGCAACUCUUAAAUGACAACGACGAUACAUUUUAAUGAUAAUGUGCAAAUGACAGGAGUUAUAUAUCCCUAGUUAAAUAUUUUUAUAUUAUUUAUUUUGCUACAACUUACAAUAUGAUAAGAAACCAUGCGAAUAUAACAUUGUAAGUGGUUGAAUGAGGCAGCGAUACAUAUUUUAAAUAUUGGCGUCAUGGAAAUAUAUCCCUAUCUCGCUCGUACACAUGCUCCGUAAGAGCAUUGACGUCAUAGUAUGAGUCCGUCGUUUGACGACUUGCUACACUGUCUACUAGUUUAAAAUGUUUUAAAUUCGUUCAUUGUGUAUUGUAACGUGAUUUUAAAACUAAUUGUAAUACCCGAGAUAACUGUUGUAUUGUUAUGGAUAAAAAUAAAAAUAAAAGUGCUCGCUAUAAAAUCUGUAAAACUUUGUAUACUCGGUAAAGCGGUCUGGUCAUACGGACUGUGGUAGGAACAAAUGUAGGAAAUGAAAACGAGUAAUUUGGAAAGUGUGUUUUUGUGUCAAUGUAAUAAAUAUUUUUAUCGUUUAAAUUUUGGCUUUGAGAUCUGAAGCCAAAGUGUAAGAUUAGCAUACCAUCAUCACAAGGAUUUUUGUAUACCCUAAUCAAUUUAUUUCAGUCGCCUUGAAUAGUUUAUAUUAUAAGGAUCACCGUUCCCACGAGUGCUGUGUGUAUCGCGUAGAGGCGUCGCAGUCUUGUUUCUUGAAGGGCGCAGAUGUCCACAUAUUGAUUAUUGUAACUGGACAUAUUUGGUUUGUGAACGUUCCUAGUGCACCCUGUGUGAUGUCAUUGUUUUGCGUCAGUUAUAAUCAGACGCUAAGGGAGAGUUUGCAUGCUUGAUUUAUAAGGGACAUAGAGAGGAAUUUCGCGGCUAGAUACUGAGUAAGGGAUAAUUCAAAUUAUGUUCCAAUAUAAUGUAAGAUUUCUUUUGACUAUAGGGUACUUGCGCCCAUGACUCUUCCUUGUUCUGCGCCUGAUUAUAAUUGGGAAAAUACCUAUAAUGCUUUUCAUAUAACCACCGAUAUAUAAGUGCUAUUUAUUUAUUAAUUUUAAUUGUAAUUUUACUAAACUAUUGCAAAAUUUAUUAUUGUAACAAAGAAUAACAUUCCCAUUUGGCAUUUGCUGUUAGUGUAUUGUGUGUAGCGGCUGUGAAGCGAGAGGUCGCAGUCUCGAUCCUAGACAAAGACAAAUAUUUGUGUGGGAUCUGGGCGUUAAAGUCCCUCGACACAAAAUGUAUUAAUUAUGUGAUUAUUUAUAACACAAACAUAUAUUAGAACUAAAAUAUCUGUCCAGUUAAAAUAAGCAAGAGGAGAUAUUUUAGUAAAUGAUUAAAAGCUUGCCGCUUCAGUGUUCGGGAGUGAGGCGAGUAGUGGCGGCGGCGGGCGGCCGGCGGGGGGCGGGGGGGUGAACAGCGGAUGGACCUUGUGUCAUCGUCAUUGGUGCAGUUUUGAUUAAUACAAAACCUUUUUCUAACUGUACUUAACAUUGCAGUCACCAUCGGAUAUAAAAGACGAUGGUGGAUUCAAUUUGUGAUAUUUUUUGAUGGUAUUGGUCUAAUUAAUCCAUUCGAGUGAGGCUUCGAUUCUACAGUACAAUCGACAUCACACUGUCGUUCCCGUAUAUUGUCAGAUGGGUGGUGACUACGUUGUUACCCACGCCUCACUCGACAGUGUAUUGGUUUCAAACAUGGUAGAAGUUUACGAUGACAAAUAAUGUUGUGCCAUAGAGUUCGAUGUUCACCGACCGCCGGCCAGCGCAUAAUGCUUAAGAAAGAUGUACAAUACUGUUAAUGUAAGACAAAUGUAGUGCAGAGUUAUAGUCGGGUUUACAGACAAACACGAUUAUUUUAUUAUUCGUUACUCGAACACGUAGGAAUGACUGAAGUUGUUAGAAUCGACCAAAUCUUGCCAUAUUAUUGUCAAUACGGCUGAGUAUACGCUGGUGUGGGGGGACGGAGCACAAUGCUGCGCAGCACAGGGGGUCGUCUAAUGUCGUCUACACGUCAGCAUACGCUCGGCUACUCGCGGUGAGACAGCGCAGUAGGCACGGUAGCUCAUUUAGUCAGCGCUGUUUCCCGAGUGAUUGUCACCCUUGAGCUUGGUUUACACAAAUAAAGUUUCCGCACGAUAGAGAUAAGGGCAUAACGAGAUUUUUCCUUAAGGAGGCCACAUAGUAAAUAGAUCUCGCUUCUUUAUUUUAAUGUGGUCUAGCUAGCAAUUUUCGUGUAAAGUGGUUGUCUCUAUUUUGCGAGAUAUGUUCCUUGUGUAUACCAAAAUUUAUUUACGGACUUUUUAAUCAGUGUUUAACUGUGUAGAGUUUGUUCCUCUCUAUCUGAAAGCAUUUGUCAUGACGAAUGUACGUAGUCAGCGAAAAAACAGUGGUAAAUUAAAACACUGAUUAAAAUGUUUAUAGACAAGCGGUGUUUUUGUUUGUGAUAUUGUUUGAAAUAUUUAUUUCAGUAUUAAUUUAAAAAGUUUAUUUUGUUAUUAUAAUUUUAUUUAUAUUUUUUAUUGGUGAUAAUUGAUGUAAAAGGCAAUAAAUUAUAUUAAUAAUGAUUUAUAUUUAUUUGUGAAACUACGCGUGGAGGCAGGAGAAUGCUUCUGAUACAGUAUUGUGGAUGCAAAAAAAACAUAAUUAUUUGGAGGAACAUACCACGUUAAUAAAAUUAUAACACGUUGUAGUUUGAAAGCCUUCACAGCACAACUUAUUGUGAAAGGAGAUUCCGCGCUGUGCUUUCUCUACACACGUAUUACAUUGUAUCACAAUAUAUGUUUGUGAAACCCACAAAAAAUUGUUUUGAGUUGGAGUGUUAUGAGAAAUUCUCUGAAUUUAUUGUUCACUUCACAUCAGUAAGAAAUAUGUUACUGAGGGUUUAGAACUAAGUGUGUGGAAUUAAUUGUAUUUAUUUAUUCUCUGAACGGGAAAUGUAGUAUGUUACUCCUUUAGAAUAAACAUAGAGGUUAACAUAAACAGCUCAAAUCAUUUAAAGUUUUUACAGAUAAAAGGAUUUUUGGUCUCAGAUCAUCCUUUCAUUUAUAUUUUUUACAUAAAACGCCGUGAUUCUCCCAUCAUUGUUACUGUAUCAGAGGUAGAGCAUGCUGCGGGGUUUCAUUUUUUAAUAUAAUUAUAUUUUUAUGUUAAAUUCUUUGGUUCGUUGAUUUUAUCCUAUUAAAACAAUAACGAUACUGUCCAAAUAUUGCGACUAAAACUAAUUUACACAAAAAGGUUUUCUCGAAAGGCAGAGAUAAGAAUAUGACAAAAAUAUACCGUGGACGUGUAGUGCUAAUGAUGUUUCUAUGUCAUCCGUUUUAUUUUCUCUAUUAAUCAAGAAAUGGUAGUGAGAAUGGUACGCCAUAAUUUUCUGGAACAUUCUUGCCUCUGUUGUGCGAGAAAUUAUUUAAGUGUAUAUCACACUUUAUACAAUAAACAAUACAAGUUUAUUUUUACUGUCAUCAGAGUACAUAAGUAUGGAAUACAGAGGACGCGGUUUGACGAGUCAUUACUAGGGGUCGCAAUACCGGACCAUUUUUCAAAACCGGUAUUUUCGGUAUUGACCUAAAAUAAAUUCCGGUAUUCCGG